AUGCCUGCAUGUCUGUCUGUCUCUGUGUGUCUGUCUGUCCGUCUGUCCAUCCAGUCAGUCCCUCCUCCCCAGAAAGGAGAGACCCCCCUCGUAGGGCCAAAACAAGGGGCGAGCCCUGUACCCGGGGGGCUCCCCCUCCUGCCAUCCCCAUCCCAAGCUCCACAACACAUUCAGUCUCAAAUCCCAAAUCCCUCUGAUUCAGACACAACAAAAACCUCCAAAGCACCAAGAAACAGCCCUAAAAACCCCAAAUCAUCCCCAUUCAGCCCCAAAGCCCGCACAUCACCACCAGCUGGAAAGGAACCACCCCGCUGUUCUAAACCCUUCAACUGUUACUUUUUACUAUCUACGUCGAGCUCUGUCACUGCUUCUCCAAGCCGCGUGUCCCUUUCCCCGCAGCACAGCCUGGAUCUGAAGAGCGAUGCUGUCCCGGCCGCAGUGCGCUGCUCUGAGGAGCGGCUGUCAGAGGGAGGGGCCUUCCUGCUGGCCAACGGGCUGAGCAUGUUCCUGUGGCUGGGAGCCAGCGUGUCCCCAGAGCUCAUCCAAGGGCUCUUCAACGUGCCGUCCUUCGCACACAUCAGCACCGACGCCACAUCCCUGCCGGACCUGGACAAUCCAUUCUCUAAGAAACUGAAGCAUAUCCUGGAACAACUCCAGAGCCAAAAGCCCCACACUAUGAAGCUGAUUAUAGUGAAGCAACGGGAACAGCCAGAGAUGCUUUUCCGACAGUUCCUAGUAGAAGACAAGAGUAUUUAUGGAGGAGCUUCUUAUGUGGAUUUUCUCAUCUGUAUUCACAAGGAGAUCAGUCAGCUGCUCAGUUAAGGCAACACUUAACAUUUCUCAGUUCCUUUUUCCCUUUGCAGGAGGGACGGACAGUCCCUGGUGCCUUAAGGCUGGCCCACAGCUCCACCAGGCCCAGGCCUUCUGCUGUGCUUUGCUGACCCUCUUCUGUGCUCUCUUUGGACAGUUUCAUUUGGCCCCACCUCUCCCCGAGUACUUCGCUUACUUACUAAGCUGUAGAAUAGGAGGUUCUGCACUCAGGUAUAAAUCUUCUGGGAGUCCUGACUCUUUCUCUACAUCAGUUGUCAGAUUUCAGACUGUCAGUGCUUAAGAGCAUAUAUGGUACUCAUUUCUUAAAAUACAAUUUAGAAAAUUCUUAAUUAUUCCUUUUACUAGACACAAGUUGUACAAAAGCUGGCAGAGAUGCUCAGAAUCUAUACAGAAGUGGAAAAAACACAAAACACUUCUAAGUGAAGAUGUACAGUUGAAUCAGAUUGGAAGUAAACACAUAGUUCAGUUUGAAGGAUUUCAGAGUCCUUCCUGGGAAGCGAAUCCUUUUUUUCCUGGAAGGGACAAGUGCUACUUUCUGCAGAAACAGAGCUCUGGGGACCCUUGUACGGCUGGGGUUAUCCAGGACACAAAUGCCUCAGUUUCUAACUGGACUUGAGAAAGUGCAACAACAAUGGGGACCACAGAAGAACAGUAAUCCAACAAUCCUUUUGCCAUGUUUGGCAGAUAAUGCCUCCUCUUAGGGGCAGCAGUUAGCUUUUUAAAAUUGCACAGGUUAGGUUUUAUUUAGAACAUUUGUUAACUGGAAUAUUCCCAAUAUAACUCAGAAAAAUCUGUCCCUCAAAAUUUCAGUGGCAGGUCAACUGUGAGGCAGUUGACACAUUAACCAAAGGUUAUUUGUGGUGCUAUAAAGCCUCAUGUUUAAUACCAGUUCUUUUGCAGUGAUCUCCUCUCACAUGACUGAUUUAUUCAGUGGUCACUGCUUUGAAAAACAAGCCUCUGCUAAUACCAAUAUUGAAGGUAGAAUUUAGAAAGCCGGAGCCUUUGGAACAGCUGUUUACCUCAGAUAUUUCAUCAGUGUGUCUGUCUCUGUAGGACCAGUGCCUCUGUGGGAGAGGUUUGAACUUUUCCGAACUUGAAAAGCUAUUAUUAAAACAAUUAGUGUUUCAAAGAAAGCCAAAAAGACUCAAAAGUAAGGCUAAGCCUCAGUAAAGAAAAAAGUGCCUUUAAACAUGUUAGUGUUGCUACUUAGUAUUAAUUAUUUAAUAUCCAUGAUUGAUAAGCAGUCAAAAUGUGUAACUUUUUGGUUCAACAGCUUAUCUAUACAGUCCUGUAUGUGUCAUUGACCAAGAGCUCUUAAAAUAAGUGGCUGUAUUACAAAAGGUCCUCAGCCUGAAUUCAGCUGCCAAGACAAGCACUUUUUAGCUGUAGACAUUACCCUGUAAAAAGUAUUUGUUGCCAUUCCAUUUGUAAAAUGACACCAGCAACUCUUUGUGUAAAGAAAUAAGCAAUUAUUAAAUAUAAUCAUCGUGUGUA